AAUCCUUCUUCCUCUACUCUUAAUUCUCUACUCACAUUUUAAAUUUAAUUAAAUACCCAAAACCAUUUUAAAAAGAAAAUAAAAAUAAAAUUAUUGCAAAAGUCAUUAAAGACGACUCAUAAUUUCACACAUAUUCUCUUAUACCUCACCAUUCCCUACCUUUCUUUUGAUUUCCCGCCCUUUAAACUACUUUUUUGCACCUCCAUUUCCGGCUACAAUUGAAAAACACUCCCAAAAAAAAGCUUUAAAAAAAAACACAAUUAGUCACUUUGUUUGAUUUUGUAGCUUCUUUACUCUCCAGAAUAAAAUCUUUGUAUUUUUUUCGUAUUUUCAGUUCGAAAAUUUUGUAGUAUCCCACAUGUUUUCUACAAAUUUCUACCCUUGAAAAAAAGAGGGAUCCAAAAUAUAUAUGGAUUGCAUCAAACAACCUUCAUCUCAUGAAUCAACGAGAAGCAAAAUUUCCAAAACAUUUUCAAAAUGUAUUCACCCACAAACCCCAUCAAGAUACCCUCCAAACCCAAAACUUAGAACUCUAUCUGAAGAGCUUAAUAUUAGUCUUAAAGAUUUUAAAUCAAACCCGAAAUUGACCCGAACCAAAUCCCAGAGAGUGAACUCUGGCGAUCAACUACAACAAGAGCAAGCAGCGAAAAAUAAGGCCGCAAAGGAAGCUCUGAUUGCUAAACUCUUUGCUAGUCUCUCUUCGCUUAAAGCUGCAUAUGCUGAGCUACAAAGUGCACAGUUUCCGUACAACAAUGAUGGAAUACAAUCAGCUGAUGAGGCGUUGGUGAGCGAGUUAGGGGUAUUAUCUGAGCUGAAGCAGAAGUAUUUAAACAAGAAAUUAGAUCUGCCACCACCCCAUGUUACCAACUUGUUAGCAGAGAUUCAAGAGCAGCAAAGCAACAUCAAAACGUAUGAGAUCACAAUGAAGCAAAUGGAGUGGAAAAUGGAACAAAAAGACUCUGAAAUCGUCUCCUUAACAAAGAAAUUGGAAAAUAUGACGAAAACAAACAAAUCACUUGAAAAGAGGUUGAAUUCAAGUGGGGUUUUAUUCCCUCUUGCCAAUAAUGUUUCUCUUACUGAGUUGAAUCAGUGUCAUUUCAUCCGAGUUCUUCAUUAUGUUUUAAGGUCAUUGAGGCAUUUCGUUAAACAUUUGGUGCGCGAGAUGGAGGCAAAAAACUGGGACAUAGAUUUGGCAGCCAAGGCAGUAGAACCUAACGCCGUGUUUGGCAACCCCAAACACAAAAUCUUCGCCUUGGAAUCUUACGUCUCCCAGGUGAUGUUCGAUGGGUUUAAUCAUCACACUUUUUACCUCCCAGAUGAGGGGACCAAACAGCCCUUUAAGCCGCAGAUUUUCUUCGAAAACUUCCGAAAACUUCAAUCCCUAACACCAUCCCAGAUUUUUACGCAAAACCCAAGAUACCCUUUUGCCAAAUUCUGCAGAGGGAAGUAUUUAAAGGUGAUGCAUCCAAAAAUGGAGUGUUCCUUUUUUGGGAAUUUGGAUCAGAGGAAAGUUGUGAGUUCAGGGGUAUUUCCGACAACUGAAUUCUUCUCUCUCUACGCCGAGAUGGCGCGGCGGGUAUGGCUGCUUCAUUGCUUAGCUUUCAGCUUUGAUCCGCCGGCGGUGGCAUUUCAGGUGAGAAAAGGGUGUCGAUUUUCUGAGGUUUACAUGGAGAGUGUCGCCACUGGAGAAGAUGAUGUAAUCACUGGUGAUGUUACGGCAGCGUUCACGGUGGUUCCUGGGUUUAAAAUCGGUAAAACGGUGGUUCAGAGCGUCGUUUAUCUCUCUCCUUCGAGGCGGUAAGAUACACGCGCCGCCUGGCUUUAAUUAGGAAUCUUUAUGGGCAGGUAAAUGUAUAAAAAAAUUAAGGAAAACAAUCGAGAUAAAUUUGGCUUAAUUAGUUGUCUCCCAAUUUUUUGCAAAUAAAUAUGAUUAAUUAAUGCGGUAGCAACGGUCCAAUUUAAAUUUAGUUUGAAUUGGUUGGCAUAGUUGUAUAAUGUUUAAAGUGUACAGUAAGUUUAAUUAGCAUGCUUCUUUUGCAUAAUUUUUUUUUUUAUUCAACGUCUUUUGUAUACUUUGGUAUGCAGUAAUAAAUUUUAGUCUUAAUA